UAAACCCCCUUUUAAUCUCACUCUCUCUCUUUCUCUCUCUACUCUCAUCUUCUUCAACAAACUCACUCUCAACCUCUUAUCAACAUUUCUCUUCUUUCCACCAUGGCCAAGGUUAAGAUCGGAAUUAACGGAUUCGGAAGAAUCGGACGUUUGGUCGCUAGAGUUGUGCUUCAGAGCGAUGACUGUGAGCUUGUUGCCAUCAACGAUCCCUUCAUCACCACCGAUUACAUGACCUACAUGUUUAAGUAUGACAGUGUUCACGGUCAAUGGAAGCACCAUGAGCUUAAGGUUAAGGAUGAGAAGACUCUUCUCUUCGGUGAGAGGGCCGUGACCGUUUUCGGUCACAGGAACCCAGAGGAGAUCCCAUGGGGCCAGACCGGAGCCGACUACGUUGUCGAGUCCACCGGUGUCUUCACUGACAAGGACAAGGCUGCUGCUCACUUGAAGGGUGGAGCCAAGAAGGUAGUUAUCUCUGCUCCUAGCAAGGAUGCUCCCAUGUUCGUUGUUGGUGUAAAUGAGCAUGAAUACAAGUCAGAGCUCAACAUUGUUUCCAACGCCAGUUGUACCACUAACUGUCUUGCUCCCUUGGCUAAGGUGAUCAACGAUAAGUUCGGCAUUGUUGAGGGUCUUAUGACAACUGUUCACUCCAUCACUGCCACCCAAAAGACAGUUGACGGUCCAUCAGCUAAGGACUGGAGAGGUGGAAGGGCUGCUUCCUUCAACAUCAUUCCCAGCAGCACCGGAGCAGCUAAGGCUGUUGGAAAGGUUUUGCCAGCUUUGAAUGGAAAGUUGACCGGUAUGUCUUUCCGUGUUCCCACUGUUGAUGUCUCAGUUGUUGACCUUACUGUCAGACUUGAGAAGGAAGCUACCUAUGAGCAAAUCAAGGCUGCCAUCAAGGAGGAAUCUGAAGGCAAGAUGAAGGGAAUCCUCGGAUACACUGAGGAUGAUGUUGUUUCAACCGACUUUGUUGGUGACAACAGGUCCAGCAUUUUCGAUGCCAAGGCCGGAAUUGCUUUGAAUGGAAACUUCGUGAAGUUGGUUUCCUGGUACGACAACGAAUGGGGUUACAGUUCCCGUGUUGUUGACUUGAUCCGCCACAUGUCAAAGACCGUAAGCUGGUUGAGUUGCUCUGGCAUGGCAUGCAUUGAUGCAGUGUUUACCUUGAUAUUGUCAAGUGAUGGUUGAUUUAGAGAAUAAAGCGGAAUUUUGUGAAAGGGAACUUUCAGAGCUUUGUUUAGUUUUUUUUAAUAGGUUUGGCAAAUUGGGUUGUAUCCCUUAGUUUAUUCCCCAUGAGUUUGUGGCCUAUUUAUGGCGUUGUCUAACUUUCUUGCACUUUAUAAAUAGCUGCAGUUUUUUGAGUACUUGAA